GAUGACAACAUAGACACACACAGAGAGAACAACAUAGACACACACAGGUCAACAUAGACACACACAGAGAAGAUAGCCCAAUAUAGGCACGCAGAAGAGACCUUUGCAUGGAAAGAGAGAGUGCCCGCCACCAGACCAUGCACAAGCCACGUGGGGCGGGUGUCGGCUGGGCAAGGGGCGUGCGGGCGGGGGGGGUUACUCAGAGGGCCCGGCCCAGCUGUUGAGGAGCCGCUGAACUCUACUUGAACCAGUCUAUCUGGCCGUGAUAGGUAAUAGCGACCUGUAAAAAGAAAACCCCAACACAACGACAAAAAAAACCCUCCUCCUAAUCCAGCCACGGCGAAGCGGGGGGUGCAUAAAAAGAGGUCGGAGCUUCACACCACUCACUCGGAGAAGGAAGGGAGCGAGGGUGGCACCACACCACCCGGCCUCUACCGCUACCCCACAACGCUCACGUGCGCCUGCUGCGCAUAAAGAGGAGCCCUCGGAGGCGCGUGAUAAAUUCACGGCGAGCGGGAGACGCAGCCGCGCGUGACACCAUCGACAAUCGCAAACGAGGCGACGUUCAACAGUCGACGCCGACUUCCACGACCACGCGGUUCCACGUUCGUCCGCCAUGGCUUUGCUCCAGCUGGCGAUCACCGUGACCAUCACGAUCUUCACGCCGCUGCUGCUGCUGCUGGCCACGUGGAAGCUGUGGGAGAAGUUCUGCCUGCGGGACCGGGACCCCUCGUGCCCGCUGCCGCUGCCGCCGGGAUCCAUGGGGCUGCCUCUGAUCGGGGAGACCCUGCACUACGUCCUGGGGAGGGGCAGCUUCAUGGAGAUGAAGCGCCAGCGCUACGGCCCCGUCUACCGCACGCACCUCUUCGGCACGCCCACCGUGCGCGUCAUCGGCUCCGAGAACGUGCGGCGCCUGCUGCUGGGCGAGCACCGGCUCGUGGCGGCGCAGUGGCCCACGUCGGUGCGCUCCAUCCUGGGCGCCGGCUGCCUCUCCAGCUCCUUCGAGGGCGCCCACAGGAUGCGCAAGAAGGUCAUCCUGAAGGCCUUCUCGAGAGAGGCCCUGCAGAACUACGUGCCCACGAUCGUGGAGGAGGUGUCGGCGAUGCUCGCCGACUGGUGCUCGCGCUCGCGCCCCGUGCUUGUCUACCCCGAGGUCAAGGUGCUCAUGUUCCGUGUCGCCAUGCGGCUGCUGCUCGGCAUAGACGUGAGCGGCAUGGCGCGCGGCGAGAUCCACGCCCUCGUCGGGGUCUUCGAGGAGAUGAUCCGCAACCUCUUCUCGCUGCCCAUCGAAGUGCCCUUCGGCGGCCUCUACCGGGGGCUGAAAGCGCGAAACGUCAUCCACAGCAAAAUCGAGGAGAGCAUCAAGAAGAAGUUGAGCAGUCCCCCGACGGACGGAUGCAAGGACGCGCUGCAGAUGCUCAUUGAACAUUCGCGGGAAAACGGCAACUGCCUGAGCUUGCAGGACCUGAAGGAGUCGGCCACGGAGCUCCUGUUCGGGGGACACGAGACGACGGCCAGCGCCGCCACGUCGCUCGUCAUGCACCUGGCAAUCCACCCGCACGUCCGCUCCCGCCUGAGGAGCGAGCUCAAGCAGCAGGGCUUCACCGCGGAGCGCACCAUCAGCUCCCUGGCGGAGCUGGAAGAGCUGAAGUUCGUGGCGAGCGUGGUGAAGGAGACGUUGCGCGUGAGCCCGCCGGUGGCCGGGGGCUUCCGCGUGGCGCUCAAAACCUUCGAGAUCAACGGCUACCAGAUCCCCAAGGGCUGGAACGUGAUCUACAGCAUCAAGGAGACGCACAACAUGGCCGAGAACUUCCCCAAGCGCAACGACUUCGACCCCGACCGCUGGAUGACCGGCGGCGACGCCGGCGGCGGCAACGGAGACGCGGCAUCGUCGCGCUUCACCUACAUCCCGUUCGGGGGCGGCUCGCGCAGCUGCGUGGGCAAGGAGCUGGCGCGACUCAUCCUGAGGAUCGUGGUGGUGGAGCUGUGCCGGCGCUGCGAGUGGGAGCUGCCCAACGGGCCCCCCACGCUGGUGACGGCGCCGUCACUCUACCCCGUGGACAAUCUGCCCGCCAGGUUCUCGGCCUUCUCGGCCGACGACUGGAGAUGAUGAUGAUCAUGAUGAUUAUUUUAAUAGUUCGUUCAUUUUAUAUGGCGUCAUUUAUGCCAGCACAAGACGAAAGAUAUUUAAACGAUUUUUAUGUUGUCAGGUGAGGCCCAAUGAGCUAUACAGCUCUUUUUCAGAAGCAACCUGGCCACAAAUGAUAACUCAAUGAAGUGGCUUAUCAUGCGGACAUUUAUUGCGGCCAAAUACUCUAAACGCACGUUUCUAAUUGUG